AUGUCUGAUGUUUCUUCGGAAAUCGAAAAGUAUAUAGCGUUAGAAUCUUCUACAGUUGAUGAUCAAGUCAUGCAAGCAGAAUGCGAAUGCUGUGGACUCAAAGAGGAUUGCACCAAAGGUUACAUCACAAUAGUCAAGAGUUGCCAUUGUGGCAAAUGGGUUUGCGGCCUUUGCUCUGAGGCUGUAAAAGAAAGGUUAUAUCGAGCUCCCAAGACAGCCAUACAAGAUGCAGUAAGCUUCCACAGGGAAUUUUGCCAGAAAUUCAAUAGUACUAUUAGACUCAACCCCAAACUUUCGUUGGCUUGUGCAAUGAGGGAUAUAGCUAAAAGAAGUCAUGAGUAUCGAAGUUCUAAGAAUUUAUCAGCACCAAAGAUUGAUAGAAGCACUAGCUGUGUCCCAAAGAUCGAUUUUAAACACUAA